AUGGGUCCCUUUACGCGGGAACCAGCCGUCCCCCAAGAGGUCAUGGAGAAGAUCGAGAAGCACAGCAUGGAGAAGACAAGCCAGGUCCAAGAUAACGCCGUGGGCGUGGGCGAGGACAUUGUCAUCUCCAGUUCACCAACCAUGGCUGGUGUAUUCUCUAAGAAGGCCCUCAUCUUCGGCUGGGCCAGCUUACUCGCCGUGGCUUUGAUGAACUACCUCGACCUUGUCGCCGUCAACACGUUCCAGGUCUAUGCAAUGAGCGAAUUCAACCGCCUGUCAAUUGAAGGGGCUCUCACGACCGCCAUCGGCGUCGCGACCAUUGUUAUCCAAGCGCCAUUGGCAGUGACCAUCAGUCACGUGUCUUAUUUCAGCGUAUUUGCAGUCGCCACUGUUGUGACCACGCUUGGCAGUGUGCUUCAGGCCGCUGCUCCGGGGCUUGGAGUAUUCCUCCUAGGUUUCGUGUUGAACAUGAUGGGCGGGAUGGGCACCCGCAUGAUCAUGUUCAACACUGCGACAAGCUUAAGUACCCCCAAAUACCGCGGAACCGCGCUUGGCGCAGUCAACGUGCCCAGCGUUGCCUCGUCUUUGGCUGGCGCCCAGGUCGCUGAAAGCGCUCUCAAAAACAUCGGAUGGCGAUGGGGCUACGGUAUCUGGGCUGUCAUGUACGCAGGUAUCAAUGCGGCUGCAGCAUACUUCUAUCCAUUCCUCAUGGUUUGCAGCGAUCUGAGCAUCUCUAACGCGACAUACAUCACCCUCAUCGUAGGCGUCGUGUGUCAGCUCAUGGGUCUUGUGUAUGGAUUUAUAAUGGCUCGUUACAAGCAGAUGAAAUGGAUCUACGUCAGUGGUCUUGCCAUCGCCUUGUUGGGACGUGGGCUGCAGUACGAAUUCGUUGAUCCUAGGACACAAAUGGCGGGUUUGGUGGUGAGCCAGCUUGUGGCUGGCAUUGGCUUCGGUGUCGGCAUUCAAGGCCUGACAAUUGCCCAAGGCUCUGCUAAUCCGAAGGACUAUCCUAUCAUUAUCGCCAUAUUCUUCAUAUCCUCGAAUGUCGGUGCUUCUGUUGCCGGAGCCAUUAAUCCAUCUUUUGUUUUGCGAGCCGUCAAAGAUGUCACCUUUGAAGACCGGCCAGUACCAGACCUCAAGGACCCAAAUGAUGUAUUGGUGCACGUCGGGCAAACAGGGAUUUGUGGCAGCGAUGUCCACUACUGGCAGCGUGGCCGUAUAGGCUCAUACAUCCUCAAUGGCCCCAUGGUUCUCGGUCACGAGUCCUCAGGCACGGUUGUUCAAGUCGGCCGCGACGUCAGCUCGCUUCGGCCAGGCGACAAAGUGGCGAUGGAGCCAGGCGUUCCCUGCCGACGUUGCGAUCACUGUCGCAGCGGAACGUAUCACCUCUGUGGACAGAUGGUCUUCGCCGCAACCCCGCCGUAUGACGGCACGCUUGCAAAAUACUACAUCAAUGCCGCCGACUUUUGCUACAAGGUCCCCGACUCGAUGAACCUCGAGGAAGCGGCAAUGGUCGAACCGCUCUCAGUGGCAGUGGCGGUGGCCAAGACGGCAGACUUGCGGGCCCAUCAGACCGUCGUCGUGCUAGGCUGCGGUCCCAUUGGCGUUCUGUGCCAGGCCGUGGCCAAGUCUUGGGGUGCCAAAAAAGUCAUCGGCGUCGACGUUGUUGAUUCGAGACUGGAGGUUGCCAAGUCUUAUGGCGUCGAUGGCGUCUUUAAGCCCCAACGAGCAGCAAACGCUACGGUCGACCCGAUGCAGCAUGCGGAGGACGUGGCCGAGGAACUCAAGGCCAGCUUUGGCCUCGGUGAGGGUGCAGACGUCGUCCUCGAGUGCUCCGGCGCCGAGCCGUGCGUGCAGAUGGGCAUUUACGUGGCCAAGCACGGCGGCACCUUUGUCCAAGCCGGCAUGGGGAAAGAAGUCGUCUCGUUCCCCAUCACCACCGUGUGCAUUCGCGGCCUGACCAUCAAGGGCUCUAUUCGGUAUCUCGCGGGCUGCUAUCCUGCCGCCAUUGACCUCAUCUCUAGCGGGAAGAUCGAUGUAAAGAAGCUCGUGACCAAUAGGUUCAAGUUUGAGGAUGCCGAGAAGGCGUUUGAGUUGGUGAAGGAAGGGCGAAGCGAUGUGUUCAAGGUCCUGAUUGAAGGUGUUCAGUGA